UCCUGAUCAUCUGACUCCACGCAGCCGACCGUUUAAAAUUGAAAGUAAAGAAUAAGUGAAAGUAAAACUGUUCCGCGGACAUUUCACGAACAUGAUCGAGCUCCCGUCAGAGGAACAUUUAUAUUUGUGAUUAUUUAUAGCUGAAGGACAUAAUCGUUUUGGUGUAAUGUAGCAUUUGAAGAUGCUCCAGACGAACUGUGUUUUGGUGUCAGUCCUGCUGAUGAUCGCUGAUGGAUUCGUUGUGCGCGGUCCCUCUGGUCCUGUGGUUGCUCCUCUGGGAUCUUCAGUGGUUCUGCCCUGUUAUGUUGAUGAACCUUUAUUAAUGGAGGAUCUGGAGGUGGAAUGGAGAAGAAGAGACUCAGGGACUUUAGUUCAUCUGUUUCAAGAUGGUGAGAGUCAACCAGAGUCCCAGCAGAAGGAUUAUCAAGAUAGAGCUCAUUUCUUUACUGAUCACAUUAAAGAUGGAAACUUCUCCCUCCGUCUGGACAAUCUGAGAGCUGAAGAUGAAGGAGAAUACACAUGUACGGUUCACCGUCAGCAGGAGUCUGGAGAGACUGUGGUUCAAAUUAAAGAUGUUGAGCGUUUGCUGGUCUCAGGAUCGGAUCGGUCCAUAUCUGUGUCUGUGGGUGAAGACGUCACUCUGAACUGCUCUGUAGACUCUCACAUCACUCCUGAAGACUUUGAACAGGUUUCAUGGAAGAAAACUGAUGAAGAUGAAGAAAUUCUGGUUCUGCUCUACCAAGACAAUGAGGCUUUACCAGAGUCAUCACAUGAGCGAUACAGAGACAGAGUUGAGUUCUUCACUGCUGAAAUCCCCAAAGGAAACUUCUCUGUCCGACUGAAGAGCGUCAGAACUGAGGAUAAAGGAGUUUAUAUGUGUCAAGUGUUUGCUGGAGGAGCUUCAGCCAAUGCAACUGUUGUGCUGGACAGACUGGGUUUCUCUGCUCUACACAUAAUGGUGAUGAUCCUCUGUAUGUCUGCGUCUGGAUCUGCUCUUCUGCUCUGCUGUCUGAUCUACUGCAGAUCAACUACUAAAGGUUUGAUUGUGCAAAAUGAUUGUAACCUGUUUUUCAAUCUGGGAGGUUCAGUGGUUUUGCACUGUCAUGUUCCUCCAAACUUACUAACUGAGGAUCUGAAGGUGGAAUGGAGAAAAAAAGACUUAAAGGAUCUGGUUCAUCUGUAUGAAGAUGGUGAGAGUCGACCAGAGAAACAGCACAAGGAUUAUCAAGAUAGAGCUCAUUUCUUUACUGAACACAUUAAACAAGGAAACUUCUCCCUCCGUCUGGACAAUCUGAAAGCUGAAGAUAAAGGAGAAUACACAUGUACAGUUCACAGCAAGAGGGAUUGUGUGUUUUCAGCCAAAACAAAUUUGGCUCUGGAGUUCUAUAUGUCUGGUGAUUUCAUUCCUCUGGGAUCUUCAGUGGUUUUGCCCUGUCAGAUUGACAAAAGCUUGUUGCAGAGCAGUCUGAAGGUGGAAUGGAGAAGAACAGACUCAGAAACAGACUCAAACUCAGAAACAGACUCAAACUCAGAAACAGACUCAGGGAAUUUAGUUCAUCUGUAUGAAGAUGGUGAGAGUCGAGCAGAGAAACAGCACAAGGAUUAUCACAAAAGAGCUCAUUUCUCAAUUAAGAAUAUUAAAGAUGGAAACUUCUGUCUCCGUCUGAAAAAACUGAGAGCUGGAGAUGAAGGGGUUUACAGAUGUAAAGUUUACAGGGACCAGGACUGUGUGUCUUCAACUGAUACAGAGUUAGAAUUGGGAUUGACUGUGCAACCUUCUUGUCACACACCUGUUCCUCUGGGAUCUUCAGUGGUUCUGCCCUGUUAUGAUGAUGAACCUUUAUUAAUGGAGGGUCUGAAGGUGGAAUGGAUAAAAAAGGACUUAGAAGAUCUGGUUCAUCUGUAUGAAGAUGGUGAGAGUCAAGCACAGGAACAGCACAAGGAUUAUCAUGAUAGAGCUCAUUUCUUUACUGAUCAGAUUCAACACAGAAACUUCUCCCUCCGUCUGGACAAUCUGAGAGCUGAAGAUGAAGGAGAAUAUACAUGUACAGUUAACAGUGGAUUAUCUCAGAAUCACAGGGAAAUUUCAACCGAGAUAAAUGUGGUACUGAAACUACUAGACACAGUGUUUCGUCUUCAGAUGUUUCUCGUCUUCUGUCCAAAUAUUCUGAUGUUUCUGUCUUUCCUCCUCUGGGGUUUUUCUGAAGGAUCUCUGUUUGAGUCGGUCUCUUGUUGUGCUCUUUAUUUUCUGAGGCCUCUCAUGUUGCUCUGGACGGCUCCAUAUACUGAUGAGUUCACAGGCAAAAUUAAAACAUGGGUUAACAUUUGGAGUUUUAGAACAGAAUAUAUUGUUUUCUCAGCUGUUUUUUACUCAGUUCUGUUUAAAUCUGCCUUGGACAAAAGUCUGAAUUUCACUGGAUUUGAAGGUGUCGUGAUUAUAGUCAUGUUUGUGAUUGUACUCCUGUUCAACCUCUUCUAUAUUAUUUACUCAUUGGUGAGAUUAAUUGGGAAUGUAAGUCAACGGAUCAUUACUAUAUUCAAUGUUCUGGCUGAUAUAAGCUUUGAUGUUCUGCCUUCACUACAAUUCAUCCUCCUGUUUUAUGCCUUUGGAUCUGGUAGAGGAGGAUUCAUCAUUGUUGCAGUUUUACCAGUGUUUCUCACAGUGACCAAUUACAAUUGGGACGCAGUAUGUGGUCAACAGAUGGGCUGUUCACCUUCGGUCAGGAGAUCAGUGUAUUUAACUCUCAUGUUAUUGGUCAAUGCUGUAUUGGUCUAUUUCUACAUCAUCACUCUGGAAAAUGAAAAGGAUGGUGUGGGAUGGAUCUGUGUGAUUGCGUUUCUUCAGUUACUCUGGGCAGUGGUGAACUUCACACGCUCACUUGAAUAUGAUCUUCCCCGUCUUGUUCCUGUGUAUGUGUUUGGAUCAGUCUGUGUUGUUGUACUGAACUCUGUUGCUCUGAUGACUGAACUGAUACUGAAAACAGUUAAUGGUGAAGGUGCAGUUGGAGAUCUGAGGAUCGUCGUCUUUUCCUCUGAAUUCAUCUUCACUUUAUUUCUGAUGGUUUUAAUGGCAUUUGAACCCUGGAUCACACCAUGUCUGGAGUCAUGUCAGAAGGCAAUAAAGUCUCGUCGAACUGCAGCUGCUGGAUCACAGAAUCAGGAAUCUCAGAAUGCAGCAGCUUCUGAUGAACCUCCAGCCGCUGGAUCAAACCAGAACCAGAACACAGAAUCACUGGAGAUGAAUCCUCUACUGAAUCAACAAAACCAAGAGACUCAGCUGGAUUCAGUGGUUUCACAAACAUGAUCAACAAUCAGACAAAAACACUCCUGAAACAGUGAUUUAAGAGUUUAGUCUCGUUCUUCAUUUGUUAUUGAGGAGGUUUUUUAUAAUGUAUGUUUUGUAAAUAUCUGUAAAUAUAUGCAGGAUGUUUAACUGUCACUGCACUUUGUAUUCAUAUAUUGUGAUUUGUUUUAUAAUAAUUCUAGCUGUAAACCAACUUCAACAGUAAACUGAGACUCUUCAAGAUCAGCAGAGAGAGAAAUCAGUGUUAUAAUUUGUGAGGUUUGGUCUCAGUUCAGGAUCAUGACGUCAGUAAAUGUUCAGUUCAGGGUCUCUUACACCCUUCAGAAACACUGAGACUGAAUAUUCACACCUUCAGAUGGAAGAUCAGAUCCUUCAUCAUGAUCGCAGCCGUUUGUAUUUCUACAAUGUUUGAAUUAUUAAAUAUUGCUUUAAGAUCAACGUUAGCUGCUGAUUCUGUCAUUAUCAGUCCGUUCAGACACUCAACAGCCACAAACACAAGUGAACUUCAGUAAAUCUCAAUCCAUCACCUCAACUAGACAUGAAGAUGAUAUUAAUGCUCAUAAUAAUACAGCUGAAAUCAUCCUGACAGAGCCGACAGCACCUGUACACACAACACAGACAUUAAUGCUCAUUAGACAGAUGAAAAACAAUCAUUUAAUACUGUAUGACAAGAUCGAUCAGAACAUCAUUUCUGGAGUUCAAACAUGAAAUACAGCAUUUGCCUUCCUGAAUGUCUUCAGUACAGCAGUCAGAAAACCAUCAGCAGAAGUCCAGAUCAUUCCCUAUGAGCAAAGAUUAAAGAGGAGGAACAACUGUUUCUCCUCAUGAAUAUGGUUCAGUCAUAUCAAAACUUGAUGGAGUUGUUGUUACCUUCCUUCCUCUAUAUCUGUCAUUUCUUCCUCCAAGUUUCCAGCCCAGAAUGAGUCCAAACACAGAAGCUCAUGAUCAGCCAUUCUCCUCCAUAAUACUGAGUCUGGGAAGCAGAUCAAGAAGUUAAUACAUUUAUAAUUCUUCUGUAAUUUCUAAAUUGCGAUCAAACAUGUUGGAUUCUUUAUAUAGAAGACAAAAUGAGAGAUUUUGCUAAAUGUCCAACUAUUGUUUGUAUUUAUAGUCUGUAUUGUUCUUCUUGUCUUUGUAUUGUGUAACAUUGUGCUUUAUUUCAUAUGUUGUAAAUGUAUGUAAAUAAUGUUUGUAAAUGGCAAUAAAACUAACUUUGACUGCU